ACUCAGCAGGGCCUAAUGGUUGAGGACCUGGAGACCCAGCUGGAGGAGUCACACGUCCUACUCCGGGAGAUAAACAACCAACUUGACGACAAGGACACAAAAAUGGAGGAGCUUGAAGAACAAGUUUACGAACAGAAAGAAAAGCUUGAGGCUAAUGAGGAGGUUAGGAUGGGGUUGGAAAAGGAGCUGAACCUCAUCAAGGAGAAGUACAACACCGCUCAGAAGUUCCUUGAUGAUGUUCAAAGUGAACUAAAGAGCACACAAGAUUGUCUUGAGAAACUGAAGUCUGAAAGUGAGGGAGGAAAAUUGGUUAUCUUGCAGGAGGAAAAGCAACAGCUUCUUGUCUCAAGGACAAAGUUGAUUGAAGAGUUAGCUGAGCUGAAGAGUGAGAAGCUCAGUAGUAGUCAGGAGAUGGAGGUCAACAUUUACCUAGACGAAAUCAAGAACGAUUUGAAGAAAAGCGAGAAGUCUAACCUUGAGUUGGCAAAGACGAUUUCUGAUUUAAAGGACGAAAAUAUUCGUCUCAAGGACGAAUUGGAGACUCUUCAACUGCAGUUGGACGAAGCUAGAUCUGCUCGAUCAGUGGACGAUUCUAGUCUAGAGGAUGAUGAACUCUUCAAGCUGAGGAACGUGGUUGAAUCCUUGACCGAGGAGAACAUCCUGCUGAAGAGCGAGCAGGAGGAUCUGAUCAAGGAGCAGAAUGAGUUUAAGGUGGAGAGGGAUGGGUUGCUUAAGGAGCAGGAACAGCUCCGAAAGGACCUGGAGAAGAACAGUGCCCGGCUGAGGACAGAGAACUCGGAGAAAUCUAUUCUUGAAACAGAAGACUUCGAGCUGACCGAGAAGUUAAUUUUGAAGGAGCAGGAGACAGAGGAGUUAAAGAAGAGUUUAAAAUCCGCCAGGGAUGAAAUGAUGGUUCUUGAAAGUCAACUCUGCAAUGAAAGGAAAGAGAAGAAUAGAAUCCUGAAGGAGAUCCAGGAGAAGGAGGAGGAACUGGAGAAGAGAAGGAAGGAAAGGAUGGAGGAGAUGGAGAAGGAGUUGAAGGAGAUGGAAGAAAUGGAGAAGAAGUUGGAAGAUAUGGAGGAGAAAAAUCAGUUGGAAACCAUGGAAAAGGAGAAAACUCUGAAAGAAGUGAAGGCCUUGAUAUCCCAAGUAGAAGAGAAGAACACUGUGCUAGAGAACCUGAAGACGGAGUUACAAAACAUAAAGGAGAGCUCUGAGAAGAGUCUGGAACUUGAAUCUGAACUUGCCGAAAUAAGAUCAGAAUUAGAUAAUCUGAAAGUGGAGAAGGAGAAAAUACAAACAGAGAAGGAUGGAUUGGAAAAGGAGAUUAUAGUUGUAAAAACAAAUCUAGAGAAGGAGAAGAAGGAGAGAGAAGAGGAGAAAAAGGAACUUGAUGAAAGAAUUGGUGCUAUGACUGAUAAACUGAAUGAACACAUAGAGAACCAGAGUACAACCAGUAUAAUUGAACUAGAGGGUAGAACCGGAAGCCUGGAAAAAGAGCUGGCCACUAAGGAUUCUUAUAUCAGGGAACUAGAAGAUAUAAUUAUGGAAAAGGAACUGAAAAUAUCUGAGCUUGAGAAACUAGAAGUGAAAAAGGAAGCCAAGGAGAGCUCAGGAAAGGAGGAGAUAUCAAACCUUCUUAAAAAGAUAAAAAAGCUAGAGGAGGAAAGUCAGAGAGCAGAAACUGCUCUGAACGACGAGCUUGAAGCUCAGAGAGUAUCUAACAAAACCUUAAGAGCUGAACUAAAGACUCUAGAGAAAAGCGCGGGAGAAAGCAAGAACGACGAGAAAAUGCGCGAACGAUUAGCAGAGUUGGAAUCUGUACUAGCGGAGAGUACAGCUGAGGGAGAUUGGAGGGAGAAGAUGAGGAAGGAGAGGGAAGGGUUGGAGGAGAGGGUGAAGGAGUUCCAGACUACUGUUCAACUUCUUCAAGAGAAGGAGGAGGAAAUAAGAAAGCUCAAGGAGGAAGCAAGAACUGCCAAGGAUGAGAAGAGUAGAGAAGAGAAGAGAAUUGAUGAGUUGAAUAAGAAGAUGGAGACCCUAACAAGACAACUCAAGGAUGGACAAGAUGAAAUUAAAAUAUUAAAAAGAGCAACUAAACAUUCAGCUGUAGAGACACAGGAGUUAGUGGAAGAGAAGAAGAAGAGUUCUCAGCUGCAGGUUAAGCUGGUCAAUCUAGAGAAGGAGAUUCAGAUUCUACAAUCCUUGGAGGAAUCUAGGAAGAGGGAGGAUGGAGCUCUGGAACUUCUAAGAGAAGAGAUUAAACAUAAAGCAGAAGAGGUUAAAGUACUCCAGGAAACUGUUGAGUUUUUAAAGCAGGCUGAAGAUGCCAAGGAGUAUGAUAUAAACAGACUUAAGGAAGAGAAAACAAGUUUAAUGGCGCACUACGAGACAAAGAUGAAGACAUUCCAGCAGGAGAUGGCCAACAUUAAAUCUAAAUCUGGAGACACUGUGUUACUAGGGGAAGCAAUGGCUAAAGCUACUCCAACCAAGAAUAGUGCAGAGUUUAAGGAACUAAAAAAUCGGUUGCACAAGAUUGAAGAAGAAAACCAAGAACUUAGAUCUGAGGUGUCACAACUUCAAAAGCUUCAGGAUGAAAGUAAAGCAUCGCAUGAGCGUGAGCUGAAAAGACUGAAGAAAGCUAGUGAGCUGACAAUACAGGAAUACAGGGAGACUAAUAAACAUUUACAAGACCAGACUGGGAACUCUUGUAGAAGCAGUGGACUAUUGUUAACUGGAACUGAUGCAUCUACCCUAGAAGCAGACGACAGCAAAUCUGAUUAUAGUCUCUUAGAAAUAACCCCAUGCGUCAAGCGACCAGGUCGAGGACGGGGUCGAGGGAACCGAAGUACUCGAACCUCCAGUCUCGCCAGUUUCGAGGAUUCAAACACAGAAAACGAACCUGAAUCCAGCAGGAGUAAAGUUGGAAGGAAACCUAGGGUUAGACAAACCAGGAAGAAUGUUAGUUUUCAGGAAGUUUAUGAAAUAGAUAGAUCAGGAUCUAAGAAGCGUGCAUUGAAGGAAAAACAACUGUCUCCAGUUAAUGAACUUAAACCGCCAGCUACUUCAGAUACCCUGACCCCUAUGAACAGGAAAAGACGACGUCUCUACUCCGGUACCCCUCAAGUUAAUGAGGUUUUCACUCCUCCCACGGAUUCUGAGAGUGUAGACAGCCCUCACAGCACUGUCAAACGACAGCUGCGUGCCAGACGAUCUAAGAAGAUUUAGACAAAUUAAAGCUGUCCUCUUUCUAUUAUAUGACAGAUAACAGCUGUAGAGAGCCGGGUAAAGGCCUUGACCAUGUUGAUAAAUUGAGGACCACAUUUUAAAGAUUGACUGAAAUAUUGAAAUUUAAUUUUUUAUUAAAAACGUAAGCUUGUACUGAUUAAUGAUGUAAAUAGUCGUAAAUAAAAUUAUUAAACGUGAAAUACAUUUAUAAUAACAA